GUAACGAUGCUGACCUAUCUAUUCAGACAGGCCCAAGAGGUGCCCUUCAGAUUGACAGCUGGAAAACACAGCUGAAAUCCAGUAGCAUUCUGCCUGUCUCUCUCGCUGGAGUAAAAAGCAGCAUGUUCACUGUGAAGAGACUUCUCAGCACUUCUCGCUCGUCAGUGGAUUCAACAGAAAUGAAAAAAUUCCAGCUCCUUGCACAUAAAUGGUGGGAUGAAGAAGGAGAAUAUUCAGCCCUUCAUUCUAUGAAUGAUAUUAGAGUGCCAUUUAUUAGAGAUACUCUGUUGAACAUGAGUAGCAAUUACCACCUGGGAAAUCCACUUUCUGGGGUAAAGAUUCUUGACGUUGGCUGUGGUGGUGGACUGCUGAGUGAGCCUCUAGGUAGACUGGGAGCUUCAGUUACUGGAAUUGAUCCUCUGGAGGACAACAUUAGAACGGCAGAUCAGCACAAGUCAUUUGAUCCGGUCCUGGCCAAGAGAAUACAGUACAAGUCCAGUACACUGGAGGAGAUUGUGGAAGAGUCUGUGGAAACCUUUGAUGUAAUUGUAGCUUCUGAAGUAGUGGAGCAUGUGACUGACCUUGAACUGUUUAUCAAGUGUUGCUGUCAGGUGUUAAAGCCUGAAGGUUCUUUAUUCAUUACUACAAUCAAUAGAACACAGUUGUCCUAUGUCCUGGCAAUUGUGGUUGCAGAAAAAAUAAUGGGCAUUGUACCAGAGGGAACACAUGAGUGGGAGAAGUUUGUUCCUCCUGAAGAGCUGAAGCGCCUCCUGGAAUCACAUGGCUUUUCAGUGAGGACGGUGAAUGGGAUGCAGUACAGCCCCUUCUCGGGGCGGUGGAGCUGGACGGAGAGCACGGCCGUUAACUACGCGCUGCACGCCGUGAAGUGGGGGGCGCAGCGACAGCCAGGCCCGGCGGGAGUCCCCCCAGAGGUGGGAA